AUGAAUUCAUCUGCAAAUUUUAUAGCACCAAAUGGUAAUGUACCUGAUUUUAACCAAUCACCAAUCCAAAUAAGAACAAACAAUAAUAUUUCUAUCGGAGAUGAAUCAUUUAAUAAUUUGUCAAUAGGUAAUGUAUUAGGAACUGGAAAUGCUCCAAACACAAUGGAAAUCCAGAGAAUAAUAAUUAGAAGAGUUCAAAUGCCAACUGUUCCACCAAUUCAAGAAACAGUGCAAAUAACCACAAACCCACGUGUAACAUACUUUUAUAAUAAUUAUUAA